GAUAUGAUGGUGUAUAUUAAGGUAGCUUGAAACCACUCCCUCGGGAUCGUAAUUGAGUCCCCUACCCCCAGGUCUCUGUUGAGCUUCCAACUCCUCUGUCAUUCGUCAAUUGGUCCCUCUCGUCCUCUCCUCUCUUCGCAAUGGCAGCCACCUUCAAGGCGAUGGGCAUCCUGGCCCUCGCCAGCUCGACAAUGGCGGUGUCGCCGUACGUCGCCAAUCUCUCCACCAACGCCCAGGGCCUCUUGACUGAGUCCAUGACGUGGAUGGACCAGUACUACGACCGUUCCGCAGGGUACCUCUACGACAUUGGUUCCGCGUCUGCUCUUCGGCACGAGACGCGCAGCUCCGUCUGGUACGCCCUGGGUCUGCUUGCGCGCAACGACGGCGACGACGCCGCUGAGGCCGAGAAGAUUAUCAAGAACACCAUUGGCGCGCAAUUCAAGAAUGUCUCGGAGCAAUGGUGAGAGCUUCUUCAAACCUGUGUAGACGUGGACGCACGAGACUAACUUUCGACACAAAGGUACGGAGACUACCAAAAGUACGACGGCGAACCGUACGUGGGAUCGCCUUACUACGAGGAUAGCAUCUACAACUCGUGGGACCCCAACUGGAGAGGUUUCGUCGGCACGACGCUCGUCAUGGCCUUGGAGGAGUUCCCUCACCUGCUGAGCAACGACACCCAGGAUCUCAUCCUCGAGUCGCUGCACAACACCACAAAGGGAGACGAGUACCGCGUCGGCGGCGUCGACGACGACAACCUCUACCCAGCCUACAGCAACCCUGCCAUCAUGCGCGCCCUCGUCUCGGGCUACACCGGCCGCCGCCUCAACGACCCCAACAUGACGGCCUCGGGCGAGUCCUACGCCCAGGAGAUCAUCGACCUCUUCGACCGCGCCAACACGCUAUCCGAGUUCAACUCAGGCACCUACACGGGCGUCUCCCUCUUCGGGCUGAUCCUCUGGUCCAAAUACCUCCCCGAGGACUCGGUCAUGACGCAAAAGGGCCCGCAGAUGCUCGCCGACACGUGGAAGGCCGUCGCGCAGCUGUGGCACCCGGGCAUGAAGAACAUGGCCGGCCCCUGGGACCGCGCCUACGGCUACGACAUGAACCGCUACGUCAGCUUGAUGGCGCUGUGGUUCUGGACCCUGGUUGGAAAGGAGAACUCUUCCCUCAUCUCUGCUCCUCAAGUCAUGUCCCACGCCGCCGACUACGCCUGGGCCCCCCUCUUCGCCGUCCUCGCCGACUUCCACGCAAGCCUCCUCCCCGAAGGCCUCGUCGCGAACCUCACCACCUUUGGCAGCGAAGACCGCACCUUCUCCGCCUCGACUUUCUACCCGCCCUACGACCUCGUGCCCCGCAACAUCAGCACCUGGCUCUCGGAAAACCUCACCAUCGGCGCCGAAUCCUUCAAGGAGAACGUCGUCGGCGGUCCCUCCAUCAACCAGGCGUCCUUCAACCCGGCCGUCGUGCAGUGGGACACGGGCGCCGAGAUCGCCUUCAUCUCGCUGUACCCCACCGAGAUGUCGCUCGACGUCGAGGUCGCGCCGAAUAAGCUGAGCCUGAGCUACCCCAACGGCACCGCCGACUCCAUCUUUACGUUUGUCGUCGGUACCUUUAUCAAGAAGCCCACCAUCACCGGCUGGGCUGAUGUUCAGGGCCUGUCUGUGAAUGUCUCGGGUAACGUCAACGAGACGUACGCGCUGUCGUUUGCUGGGUCCAUGGGAGGCACCAGCUCGCCCAUCCGCGACUUCGAGUUCUGGAACUUUACGUACACGCUUCCCCAGGGCUUCGAGGGCACGCCGAGCAUUGUUCUCGACUUGAACUUGUUGUAA